AUGGAUAUGGAACAGUGUUAUAAGAAAAAACGUUGUAUUGAUAUUGAAGAGUGUUAGGAAUAAUAAUAAUGUUGUAUUGAUCUAAUGUUAGGCGGUUAUUAAAAAAAUAGGUGUAUGGAUAGAUCCGAUUCAGAUUUAUAUGAGAAAAGGAGUUGUAAAAGUCUUCAGAUUGAUGAAGAAACUGCUGUUGUAAUAAAUUAUAUUGAUUUAUUAUAAUGUGUUUAGGCAGAUGGAAGCUUUAUUUUAUACAAAAAGUUUGGUGAUUAAAUCAAACUCAGCAACUUAAAGGAAAUCAAGAAAAUGAUAAUAAAAAAUAAAAGGAAUUGAUUUAAGUAUAUAUUUAAUAGAAUCAAUAGAAAUAAUAAUUAAUGAUCCUUAAACAAGUUUAACUUAAAUUAAUUGAUGAUUCUCUCUAAUAGAGUGGUUAUUGUUAAGCAAUAGUUUUUGACAAAACUGGGUCAAUCAUGAUUUCAUGUAAUAAUGAGGAGAUUAAAAUUUUGAAUUUUGAAUUAGGAAGAUUAAAAUUAAUUAAUACAUAUUCAAAACAUAAAGAAUUUGUUACAUUUUUGGUUUAUAGCAAAUUGAGAAAUAACUUUAUUUCUGGUUCUUUUGAUAAGACUAUUUUAUGUUGGCAAUAAACUAAUCAAAAAGAGUGGAAGUGUUCAUAGCCAUUCUAAUAACAUAAUGAUUAUGCUAAUUUUUUGAUGUUAAAUAAACAGGAGGAUUAACUUAUUUCAGGAGGUUCGGAUAAUUCAAUAAAAGUUUGGAAUAUAGAUUUUAUUAAAAAUGAGCUGAAUUUUCAGUAAUCAUUAGAUCAGCAUAGAAAUAGUGUAUUUUCAUUCAGUUUUAAUUCAUCUGAAACUGUAUUGGUAUCGUGUGGAUAUGACGAAUAUUCAUAUGGGAGAAAGGAGUAUAAGGAAAAUGGGAAUUUAAAUAUGUAAUUGAAUAAAGUGAGUAUUUAUAUUUAUUAUUUACACAUUUAUUAAACAGUAAAUAAGAUGUUUCAAAUUGCAGAUAUAAAUUACAUUUAAUUAAUGAUCAAUAAUUUCUUUGGAUAACGAACAAUAUGA